AUGUUCGCGCCGGAAGGACGCCAAAUUAUCAAGUUCCUCGGAUAUCCCAGGUCGACGGUGUAUGACAUUGUCCAGAGGCACUGUCGACAGAACGCGGAGUCGGAUGCGGACGCGGACGAUCGGUCGCCAGAUUCCGAUCGAGUCCGCCGCCAUCAAUCUGCCGGCAGACUGCUGACAGAUCGCUUCCUGGGUAGUCAGCAACUCCGUGCCACUAGCACUGCGAUUGCCGGUUCUCGGAAAGUGGAAAGGGCUGAAAACCAGAUGGAGAAAAGCAACAGGGAAGAGCGUCAAACUGAUGAUCGUGAUAAUAACGAUGAUGAUGAUAAUAAUGAUGAUGACGGUAAUGAUGGUGGUGACGAUAAUGACGAUGAUGAUGAUGAUGAUGAUGAUGAUGAUGACAAUGGUGAAGACAACACCUGGCAUUACCUGGCGUUACAUCGCCGACCAAUAAUGGAUUACACCCCUACUACCUACGUGUCACGUGAUAUUGUUAGAUAA